UCUGCGACAAUUGGUUGCUGGAUCAGAGCUUGUAUCGCCUCGGCAUACCAGGCGAUUCCUGUUCCCAGCCGCAUUACUGCUCACUCCACACGGAGUGCUGCUACCUCGGCGGCCUGGGCAACUCAGGCUUCCCUUGAGGAGGUCUGCUGGGUGGCCACCUGGUCCACCCCCUCACCAUUUAUUUGCCAUUACAAGUUAGAUGUUUUUGCUUCUGCUGAAGCGUCAUUUGGCAGGAAGGUUUUACAACAGGUGCACCAAGCAGGGGUCUCUCCAGGCCCUUCGGCAUCCCGCCCUUAGGACUGCCAAAACUUUGGUAUGUCCUAUGUCUGGACAGUGUCACAACCAAUUAAGGAAAUUGGGCAUUGGUCUUAUCUUGAAUACCGAAUUUCUUAAGAGUUGUGGCAUCGUCCUGCCGCUCCCUCUGUCUCAGGGCCUGUACAGUUUGUUUCUUAAUGUUCAAGGAGUUUAUUUUCCAGUUGUCCUGUUGGACCGGUUUCUAUCUCUGAUGGUGUUGGUUCCUGUUGGAGAUCUUUCUUGUGGCCCUUCUUCGCCGAAACUGAGCCUGAAAGGGAGGAGCAAGGGGUGUGGUCAAAAAACUAUGACUCAGCAAGCAGCAGAUCCAACUGAAGCAACCCAUGUCUGGACGAUGUCUGGACAAUGCCACAACUCUUAAGAAAUUCGGCAUUCAAGGUGCUCCAGAUGGAAAAGGUCACAUGAAUCAAUAGUUACGUGUACGUGUGCCUAUUGACUCAAAUUGUUGCCAUCACAUCUAGUUCUUUCCAAAUAUAUCAGUCCUGCCCUGCCAGAGAGGGCUGCUGUGCCGGAAAGAUGAAUGUGGGCACAGCUCACAGCGAAGUGAACCCAAAUACCCGAGUCAUGAACAGCCGCGGCAUCUGGCUCUCCUACAUCUUGGGAAUUGGCCUCCUGCAUGUGAUUUUGCUCAGCAUUCCUUUCUUCAGUGUCCCUGUUGUCUGGACUCUAACCAACCUCAUUCACAACAUGAGUAUGUACAUCUUCUUACACACUGUGAAAGGAACGCCGUUUGAGACUCCCGAUCAGGGGAAGGCACGGCUGCUCACUCACUGGGAACAGAUGGACUACGGAGUGCAGUUCACAGCUUCUCGCAAAUUCUUGACUAUCACACCAAUUGUACUUUAUUUUCUUACCAGUUUCUACACAAAAUAUGACCGGCUACAUUUCAUCAUCAACACCAUCUCUUUGAUGAGCGUCUUGAUCCCCAAGUUGCCUCAGCUGCAUGGUGUCCGUAUCUUUGGAAUCAACAAGCUCAGUUUCGACGAAGGAAGGCCACAAGAAGGAUCUCCAACAGGAACCAUCAUUGUCAGGAAUAAAAACCAGUCCAACGGGACAACUGGAAAAAAACUCCUUAAACAAGAACAAUAAACUGUACAGAGGGAGGGGCUGGACAAUGUCACCCCUAAUCAAGAAAUCUGGCAUUUAAGGUAAGACCAAUGCCCAAUUUCCUUGAUGAGGGUGUGACAUUGUCCAGAUGAGGGACAUACCAAAGUUUUGGCAGUCUUAAGGGCGGGAUGUCGAAGAGCCUGGAGAGACCCCUGCAUGAUGCACCUGCUGCAAAACCCUCCUGCCAAAUGACGUUUCAGCAGAAGCAAAAACAUCUAUCUUGUAGUGACGUAUGAAUGGCGAGGGAGUAGACCAGGUGACCGCCCUACAGACCUCCUCAAGGGAGGCCUGGGUCGCCCAAGCUGCUGAAGUAGCAGCACUCCGAGUGGAGUGGGCAGUAAUGCGACUGGGAACAGGGAUCACCUGAUAUGCCGAGGCAAUGCAAGCCCUGAUCCAGCGACCAAUCGUAGCAGAAGAGACCUUGUGCCCUUGGUAAAAGGAAACAAGGCCUCGGAUUUUCUGAAAGGGGCAGUCCUUUUGAUAUAAAUCUUUAGAGCCCUCCGCACAUCUAAGGUAUGCCACCUUCACUCCAAGGUAUGAGAGGGCCGUGGACAGAAAUUGAAGAGAAUAACCUCCUGGGCCCUGUGAAAAAGGGAAUUAACCUUAGGAAUAAAUGAGGGGUCCAAUCUCAAAAUAACUGUUUCCGGCUGGAAGACACAGAGAUCCUCCCUAACCAAGAGGGCUGCCAGCUCCAAAAUGCGACGGGCUGAUGUUAUGGCUAUGAGGAAGGCUACUUUAAGGGUGAGGAAACGAAGGUGGAUUGUGUGGAGGGACUCAAAGGGAGUCUCAGUUAAUGCAUUAAGGACCUUGGGCAAAUCCCAAGUAAGAUAUCUAUGAAUUGAGGAGGGCCAUAAGAGCCUGGCUCCUCACAGGAACUUUUUUAUCACAGGGUGCUGAGUGAGUAGUUGUCCAGAUGGACUGGACAAGGCCGUAGACAGAGCCGCCACAUGUCUCCGAAGGGUGCUAUGAGCCAGGCCACAGUCAAACCCAUCUCGGAGGAACUCCAGGAUCUGGGAAGGCGAGGGUGAAACAGGAUCUAUCUGUCGGGAUUGACACCUAUAAAAGGCGAGCCAGGUGAUAUUGUAGAGUCUGACUGUGGAUCUACGUCUGCAGGCUUGAACAAUGUGAAUCACUCUAUCCAAAUAAUUGUCCCGCUUUAGACAGGCCCCUUCAAGUGUCAUGCAGUCAGUUGGAGCCACUGAGGGUCCGGAUGAAGAAGGGUUCCCUGACGCAGCACAAUCUUGUCUGGUGAAAUCCUCCAAGGGUGAGAUGUGGAGAGACCGACUAGGUCUGCGAACCACGGACGGCGUGGCCAGUGUGGAGCCACAAGGAUAAUUUCUGCCCUGUCGGUGAUGACCUUCCGAAUCAGAGGCAGCGGCAGGAAGGCGUAGUGAAGCCCUGGCAGCCAGGUGAGAUGAAGAGCGUUGACCCUUUCCGCUCCCGGCGUCGGGAACCUCGAGAAGAAGCGAGGAAGUUGGGUGUUCAGGUUCGUGGCAAAGAGAUCUAUGGCUGGAAUGCCGAACCUGUUGCACAUCUGUUGGAAUAUGUCGAGAUGGAUCUGCCAUUCGCUGUUGUCCACCUUAGUCCUGCUUAGGAAAUCUGCUUGUGUGUUUUCCGUCCCCACUAUGUGGUCUGUUCUGAUGGAGAGGAGAUGUUGCUCUGCCCACUUGCCUAGGCGAAAUGAUUCCUCCAUGAGACGCUUCGAGUGGGUACUCCCCUGAUGGUUGACAUGUGCCUUCGCUGCCAUAUUGUCUGUCAACACCAGAACAUGGCGGUUUAGCACAAACCAUUGAAAUUGCGUGAAAGUGAGAUGAAUGGCCUUCAGCUCCAGCCAGUUGAUAGGGUUGGUGAGAUCGGAGGCAGACCAACAGUCCUGAGCUAAGUGCGAUGCGAGAUGAGCCCCCCAUCCAUGGAGGCUGGCAUCUGUAGUGAGUACAAGUCGGUCGUGAUUCAUGAAGAGGCACCCCUUGUCUAUAGAAGGCAAUGUCCACCAAUAUAGUGAUCGCCUGACUGAGAGUGGAACUUUGAUUGACGACAUGGUGUGAGCCUGGCGUUUCCGUUGAAAGGGAAGCAGGAACCACUGCAAGUGGCGGGCGUGAAGGUGCUCCCAUGGAACGAUCUGAACGCAGGAAACCAUCUUGCCCAGGAGCUUGGAUAAAGUGGCCAACGGAACUGAUGGGCUUUUGCGAAUAUGAGUCACUAGGUCCCUGAUGUCGGACCGCCGUUCCAUGGUCAGGUAGACGGUCCCUUGACCUGCAUCUAUGAUGGCGCCAAGAUGGGUGAUCCUGGUGACUGGCACUAACUGACUCUUUUUGUAGUUGACCAGGAACCCAUGAUCGUUCAAGGUUCAGAUCGUGAGGUUCAAGUCGUGUAAGGCUUGUUCCUGAGAGUGAGCCUGAAUUAGAAUAUCGUCCAGGUAAGCCUGGAGCCUUACCGGUUUUUGUCUCAGGUGAGGUGCCGCGACCGCCAGGACCUUUGUGAAUACUCUUGGUGCAGAUGCCAGCCUGAAGGAAAGAGCCCGGUAUUGGAAAUGCUUUCCUGCAUAGCUGAAUCGGAGAUACUGUCGAUGCUUUGGCAGGAUGGGAAUGUGAAGGUAAGCCUCCAUGAGGUCUAUGGAAACUAGAAAAUCAUUGGGACGAAUCCCUUGAAGAAUAGAGGUUAGUGAACAUAUUUUGAAUCUGCGAUACACUAUGUGUGAGUUGAGAUUUUUUAAAUCCAGAAUGGCUCUCCACCUCCCCAACCGCUUCGGAACUACGAACAGGAUGGAGUAAUACCCCUGUUUCCAUUGAUCGUGGGGGACCUCCUUUAUGGCGUGUAUCUGCAGGAGGUGCUGAACAGCCUGGUUCAUUAAUUGACGUCUGGAUUUGCUUUUGGAAGGUGGACAUUGAAGAAAGCGGGUUGGAGGUUUGGAGAGGAAUUCCAGGGGGAGACCAAAUUUCACUACUGAAAGCACCCAGAGGUCUGAUGUUGACCUUUCCCACCUGUCCGCAAAGAGGGACAGGCGACCCCCUAUUGGAAGAUUUGGCGGUGAGUCACGACCGUGGGACUGACGGUAGCCAGAGCCCCGAAAAGACCGCUUGGGCUGGAAUUGCCUGUUCCUGUCCCGAAAAUAUUGACUGUCCGAAGACCUAUAGGAUCCCUGAAGAUAUUCCUGCCUGGAGAGACUUCCUUGGGAGUAGGAACGAAAGGAAGGUCUCCUGUAAUAUGGAGAGGACCUUCUUUCAGCCCGUUUGAAUGAUGAAGGCAAAAUCUUUCGCUUUUUCUCGGGUCUCUACAAGAAGAGGAUUAAGUGAUUCGCCAAAUAAUUUUUCUGCAGAAUAUGGAGCUGCAGCUAAGCGCCAUUUGGCCUUAAGGUCAGCAGACCACUGGCGAAGCCAGAGCAUCCUGCGGGCUGAAACUCUAGAGGCAAAUUUGGCCAAAUUCAAGGUUGCAUCAGCUGAAAAUUGAGUGGCAGCAAUGAUUUUAUUGAUAUCCUGAUGGAGGUGAACCUCACUGGGGGGUACCCUUGCCUGUAGCUAUUGAAGCCAAAGGAUGGUAGUUCUGUUAAAAAAUUAGGCUGAUGAAGCUGAUUGAAUUGCCCAUGCUGAAGCCUGAUGGUUCUUUUUAAAAAGAAAUUCCAAUUUUUUGUCUUCUGGCCUUAGACCUUCAGAGGUAUCCCCUGCUACAUAUGAAGAAGAAGAGGAAAGGGCUGCUACAGGGCUGUCCACUGAGGGAACUUGUAAGAGUUGAGCAAACUUUGGAGCAACCGCAUAAUAUUUCUUAUCUGAACCAUGUGCAAAUGCCAUGGUUGCAGGUCCAGCCCACUGUUUUUUUACUAUGUCUAUGAAUAGUUGUGGAGUUGGCACAUAACACAGAUCGGGGGGGGGGCUCAGAAAAAAGCCCCCGUAAUCCACCCUGCUGGGCCUCCUGAAUUUCUCUAAAAUAUUCAUCUUCCUUUAAGGCAGCUGUUAAGCGAGUCUUAUGCAAUAAAACUUGAAUUUAUUAGGGGGAAAUAAACCUGUAAAGGCAGGUUGAUCUUGAAUUAUCCCCUCAUCAUCUGAUAGGUCAGAAUGUCACUCUUCCUCAAACACAAGGGCUUUACUAGCUCUGGAGGCUGCAGGAGAAUGAGAACCAGUAUGGUUGACUGCAGGGGAAAUUCUAAUAUGGGCAGAACGCUCUGAAAUAACAGAACCAGAGUGGUGACCAUGAAUGUUAGCUACCAUUCGAGAAGCAACAGCCUGAUCAAUCAGAAUCCUCAAUCCUUCUGGUAUAUUUUUAAGAGGAUCUUCAGAAGUUAGCACAGGCAUAGGGGAAUCUCUUGUAGAAGCAACUGCUGCCACAUGCUCACCAAAUUCAGGAAUUGUAGGAGUUAAUAAUUGGCUUGCAAAAGGGUCUUGUAAGGUGCUUUGUUCUUGCUGAAGAACAUUACCCUCUCCCUUCGAUGACCAAGCCUGGCUAACAGUUGAAAUGGGAGGAGGGGGGGUAGAUGGGGGAGGAGAAACCUCCUUACCAGGCACAGUUGCAGGAACCUCGCUAAUUUGCUUCUCUGAGGAUUUAUGCCUCUUUGCUAAAUCCUUUUCCCCUGCUUUGGAAGGGUGCUUGCGUUUGGAAGUUGAUUUCUUCCCAGUGGACAUAGUAUUUCCCUCCCCUUGGGAAGAACGAUCCGCCAUCUUUAGUAUACUCACUGCGACCAAGAUGUCGACUGGAGAAAGAUUUAGUUUCACUUUCGGCGCGUUGGUUGAAAACAAGAUGGCGACGACUCUGGCAUUAAACGCGAUGGUUGCCAGGUCACACUGAGCAGGAUCAACUCUGCUCCAGAGGUAACUGUCUAGGAAAGCCUAGAAACAGACCUCUUCAGUGCCUCUACAGCCACAAUAAAAUUGCUGGCUGGAAAUGCCACAGGGAGAGGCAAGGAUAAAAACUGCCACUCUCCUCAAACUCCAUUGGUGGUAAAAGGGAAAGAAAUUGUGAUUUCAAACCUCUACAGACUCGUUGAUGGCAAAGCGGCAAAAAAACACUUCAAAGGAGCCACGGCGCUUCAAAUAACCGCCCUACAGCUGAUCGGCGGUUUCGGGAUAGCUGCGGCAUGGGCGGCGGCCGGAUUUAGCGAUCCUGAUUCAGAAACCAGGAAAUAGCUCUUCUUGUUGGUGGUAUUGUGGUCUAAGCCCCCUUAGACAAUCGUUGGUGGGACAGAGCAGAAAAAACCCCACCAAAACAAGGAGGGAAUAAGGAAAAAAGUUCCCUUUUAAAAUGGGGCUUCCAAAAUUAUUAUUAUUAUUAUUAUUAUUAUUUAUUGUAUUUCUAUACCGCCCUUCUCCCGAAGGACUCAGGGCGGUGAACAGAAUAAGAUUUCAUAUACAUAUAAUAUUUAUAUAUAUAUAUAAACAGUAAAUAAUAAAUUGAGUCAACUUAGUGUAUCUGCUAAGAUCUUGGCAUAGAAUUUAGAUGUUUAUGGCCACCGCAGGAGUGAAGCAAAGCCUGGAAACCCAGGUUGCUCCAGCAAAGCAAGACCGGCAGGCUACAAGAGGGGAGGAAAAAAAAUAAUAAGUGGUCAAAAAGACUUACAAAUACUGUGAUAUUGAACAGACCUGAGCUGUAGAGCCAGAUCUGUAGGAGAUGUUUCUCUCAGGCCGACUGAGUCUAAACUGAGCCUGAAAGGAGAGGAGCAAGGAGAGUGGUCAAAAAUUAUGACUCAGCCAGCGUCAGAUCCGACUGAUACAACCCUCAUCUGGACAAUGUCACACCCUCAUCAAGGAAAUUUGUGUUGGCUCUCUCAGAGGGAUUAAGGAUCAAUUUUUCAUCAAUUUUACUCACAUGUCUGUAUGAAGAAUUACUCUGUAUAAUUUGUACUUAACACCCUCAGACAGAGAGUUAUAGAAUAAUUCAACCAGACCCUAAGGAACACAUUAAAGAAAUAUACAGCAGAAGAUCCUAAAUAUUAGGGCAUAUAAUUGCCUUAUCUAUUAUUUGCAUAUAGGGAAAUUCCUCAGGCUUCCCCUGGUUUCAGUCCCUUUGAGCUUUUUAUGUGUUGGAUGACCCAGUGGAAUCUUAGAUACAUAAGAGAAAGCUGGACAAAAAGAGUGGAAGGUUCUAAGAAUAUUGUGUCAUAUAGUUUGACCCACAAUAAGGAGAAGUUGGCAAAGGCUCUGGAUGAGACUACAGAGUUCCCAUCCCUGAUUAAAGAAAUUUCAACCAGUGCAUUCAGGCUCAUUGGCUGCUGACUGAGCGCCAAAUAUUUCCCAGUGACCAUUGCCAUACUAUGUGUAUACUACUACUGCUUCCCUGCUUUAGAUUGCCCACCUAAAGCUAUUGUUUGUUGGGGUGGGCCAAAAAUAUUUUGCCACCUAAGAUAAAUGACAAGACUGCCUCCAUCCAAAUUCCAUGUAGCAACAGGAUUGGCAUUUGAAUCCUAUGUGACAAUGAGAAUGAGGUCAUCCUGAUGUCCUGGCAAAUUACGGUACUUCAUGAUGGGCUUCAGGACAGUUCAGGACACACAUAGCUAAGUUUUCCAACUGCAUAAGGAAAAUAGAAGGGAUGGAGCUUAGAAGAAUUUCCACUGAUACCAAACAAAGCUUGACUGAUUGACUUGGGCAGUCCUGCUAUGCAUUAUUGCAUACAAAAAAGUUCAAAGAACCAUGUAGCACUUCUGGAGAUCUAGAAAUAGGAGGGUGGGGGGGACUCAGCUGGAUGCUUUCUCCAAUUUACUUAAUACACUUGCAAUAGUACAGUACUAUGUUCUCUAGGGGCUAACAGUCUGAUAUCUACUCGAUGUGAUGGAAUAUAGGCUUCCUUUUAGAUUUAGACUAUACUUCACAAGAAUAUAAUAUAAAACAAUAGAAAAAAAUAUUUUUAAAGUAUGAUAAGCAUUUUAGGAAGGCAAAGGUAGCUGAGGCUAUCACAAACUGAAAUUUAUGAGAUGUGUAUGGAUUGUUCUUUAAUUAUAGUGAAAUAAUGUUUUGCAUUGAUAUGCCAUUAUCUCUGAAAUUCAAUUUUUAGAAUGAGCGUGUGAAUGUUAUUUUAAAUUAGUUUUAUUCAGUUUCACACUGAACAUCUUUGCAAUGAAUGUAGAUUUAUACAUACAGCUAUAUUGUUUCCCUUCCUUCCCUUCAUCUAUCCUGUCCUAUCCUAUUCCAGCUUACCCUACCCUACCCUACCCUACCCUAUCCUAUCCUAUCCUAUCCUAUCUGGAUUUGACCUUAAUUUGUUGUGUAGUGAAGAAAUCUUUCAUCUGGAAAACUUUCUAAAACAAAGUGUGAAUAUUAUUUUUAUGAGUCCUUUCUACAGUAUUCUAAGACCAACUAAUAAAACAAAAAUCAGUAUUCAUGUAA